AUGGCAGAUGAACUGCAGGAAGAAAAUGCAAAAGAUAGAAUAGAGCAAAUGGAAGUGACAAUCUAUAGUGACACAUCUGUACAUUUUUCUCUCUGUCUCAAUUUCAGGGCAUAUUCUCUUGUGGAUUCUAGUCAAGUAUCUACGUUCCUGAUUUCCAUUCUUCUCAUAGUCUAUGGCAGCUUCAGGUCCCUUAAUAUGGACUUCGAGAAUCAAGACAAGGAAAAAGACAGUAGCAGCUCAGCUGGGUCUUUCAAUGGCAACAGCACCAAUAACAGUAUCCAAACCAUCGAUUCUACACAGGCACUCUUCCUUCCAAUUGGAGCAUCUGUCUCUCUCCUAGUCAUGUUCUUCUUCUUUGAUUCAGUUCAAGUAGUCUUUACAAUAUGCACAGCAGUCCUUGCAACAAUAGCCUUUGCUUUCCUUCUACUCCCAAUGUGCCAGUAUUUAACACGACCUUGUUCGCCUCAAAACAAGAUUUCCUUUGGCUGCUGUGGACGUUUCACUGCUGCUGAGCUGCUCUCAUUCUCCCUAUCUGUCAUGCUUGUCCUUAUAUGGGUCCUAACUGGCCAUUGGCUCCUCAUGGAUGCUCUGGCUAUGGGCCUGUGUGUUGCAAUGAUAGCCUUUGUGCGCUUGCCCAGCCUCAAGGUUUCCUGUUUGCUGCUCUCGGGGUUACUAAUUUAUGAUGUAUUUUGGGUAUUUUUUUCUGCCUACAUCUUUAAUAGCAAUGUUAUGGUGAAAGUGGCCACACAACCAGCUGAUAAUCCCCUUGAUGUUUUAUCCCGGAAGCUUCACCUGGGACCAAAUGUAGGUAGAGAUGUUCCCCGUCUGUCGCUACCUGGUAAACUUGUCUUUCCAAGUUCCACAGGCAGCCACUUCUCUAUGCUGGGUAUUGGAGACAUCGUGAUGCCCGGUCUUCUGCUCUGCUUUGUCCUGCGAUACGACAACUACAAAAAACAAGCCAACAGUGAUACGUGUGGUACACCAGGGCCUGGAAACAUCUCGGGACGUAUGCAGAAAGUUUCCUACUUUCACUGCACUCUCAUUGGAUACUUUGUAGGUCUGUUAACUGCAACAGUGGCUUCUCGCAUUCACCGGGCAGCACAGCCCGCCCUGCUCUAUUUGGUACCAUUUACCUUAUUGCCACUCCUCACCAUGGCCUAUUUAAAGGGCGAUCUUCGUCGCAUGUGGUCUGAACCCUUCCACUCCAAGUCCAGCAGCUCCCGUUUCCUGGAAGUAUGAUGCAGCAGAUAGGAAGUGACUGGAACUUCUGCCUUUGUCCUUUUCUCAACUUGAGCAUUUAUUGUCACCUAAAGCUGGACUGGUGCUGGGAAAGGUGCCAGUUUAUGGAACUUGUAUGAAUGGACUUUAUAUUAAAAAAGGAAAAAACAAAAAAGCAAAGGUUUUGGAGCUCCGUUUGAUUCCUCUUAUCCCUGCAGAUGGGACCCUUUGUGUGACUGCAGCCACCUCCCUUUGCUCCUUCCCCUCUUACAGAUCAGUACCAGACUGUGACCUUUGCAAGAGAGGAGACAAACUUUUAAACUAAAAACGAUCUGAAGUUGUUCAGAAACUCGAGAACACUAAAAGGAAAAAAUAGUUAAGCAAACUGAAGCUUCUUCAGAGAACCCUCAUGUACGUUGGGACCAGUUUCCUGUUGGACUUCAGUUUUGAAGAGAACUGAGACAGAAGCUCUUCUGUCACUAUAUGGGUUUUUUGUUUUGUUUUUUGGGUUUUUUGAUUUAUUAAAUAUUUCCUGUGGUGUGAGGUGACUUAUUAAAUCCACAGACAUUGAGUGACUUCUUGCAGUAUACAUAUAAGAAUUUGUUGUAACAAGUUACAUUUCCACCCAGAUGUCAUGUUGCAGUGAACAAGGGCACGAUUUUUAUACAUAUAUAUAUACACGCAUAUAGAUAUAUAUAUAUAUGAAUAAAUAAAAAGGAAAAACCUGCUAAGAUCAUGCUAUGUAGCAGACAGGGGCUUGCUGUAAUUUUUAGCAUGUAGAGCAGUUUAAUAUGGCUUUCUUGUAUAUGAACCUACAAUAAGCAACUGUUUUCUCCCUUCUACAACUGAACCUGCAGUUAAAAAACAGUGUAGUAUUUGUACCAAUUGUACUCAUGGACUCUAGGAGGUUAUUUGAUUUUGAUCAAUGUAGCAAACUAAGGAAGAAAAAUGUUUAAGCCCCUUUCUUUACCCCUUUCUUUCUUUUUUCUUUUCUUCUCUCUCUGUAUCUCUCUAAUACAAACAUCUCACUUGCAGGUUUUUAAUAGUUUUCUUGACCCAGUGCAUGUAUUAUAGCAGCAAUUGUCUUUGUGCUUUCUGAUCAUAGUAAUGUACCACUUGUAAAUACAUUUUUUCUAUUUUCUAUUUUUUUUGUAUUUUUUGCACUUUGUUUCAUUAGUGUGCUGUAUUUUUCCAAGCCCUGCCCCC